AUGUCGAUUGCUGCAAUUCGUUGCCGGCUUUUUCAACCUCGAUACUUCAAUACCGUUUCGAAAUUAACUACUACAAAACUUGCUUCUGGAGGAGGGCCUUUUUCCCAACUGCCAGAAUUCACACCUCUCCAAGACAGCAUUUUGGUAUCGCUACCGUCAUAUUGCUCAUUGCACACCCGUAUUGACCAAGUUUGUGCGUUUUCGUUUGAUGCCGAUGAUCAAAUUCAACAUCCUUUGCAUUUUAAGAAAAGCUCGAAAUCACCCCAGUUUUGCGAGCUAUUGACUGCCGAUGAACCAGUCAACGCUAUGUUGGUGUCCAACACCCCAAUGUCCAACGUUUUGAUCCUCAACCUCGACAACUAUCGUGAAGGCUGGCAUCUCACUGACCCACACAAUAGCAUCUUGUGCUACAGCGGAAACUUGGAAUUACAGCCGAAUAACCAUUUGCUGGGACGUGGGACCAUUGCCAUUUCAGGCGAAGGACCUGUCUAUCAAUUGCAGCUCGGCGACGAAGAAUCAGCAGUCGUCAACCCAGGUGCCAUACUGGGCUACAGUAACAAAGUUUCGGUCAACACGGUGGGCUUCUCAUCUGAAACUUUCGUUCCAAAGCGGUUGAGAAAGUGGAUCAUGCGCUAUGCCAGUCAAUACCUCGAGAACUUGGACUUACUACGACAUAAGCUUUUGAACCGGGGUGAAAUGUACCACCAAGUCAAAGGCCCGGGCACUGUACUUCUGCAAACAUCUUUCGCUCCAGGCUCUAAUCGCUACCACUACUCCGAUCAAGAGCUUUUGCAGGCGUUCAAAUGA